GUGCCUGCUGGGGGAGCAGCAUGGAUUCCCACGAGCUCUUCCGACGCCUCGGAGCCGGCGCCAAGUUCGACGUGAAGCGCUUCAGGAGGGACGCCGAGCGGUUCCAGGUGAUCAGAACCAAGAACCAAGAUGAUGGAGCUUCAGAAAAUUUGGGAGAUCUUGACUUCUUUGCUAACAAAAAGCCAUCAAAUCCUCCUGGUGGCAGUGGAGGAAAUGAGUCCUCCAAAUCCCACAGUGAAGCACAAGAACAGACUGAAAAUGAAGCAAAGGAAUCCACAGUGUUGGAGAAGGCAGGGGCUGCAAAGAAGAGAAAAGGAAAUCAGCAAAGCACUAAAGGAAGGAAAAAGCAGAAGGCCCAAGAAACAGCUCCUGGAAUUGCUGGUCCUGAUCAGGACGGGAUAUUGUGGAUGUCUACUUUGGAAGCCAAGCUCAACGUUCCGAGAAGCAAGAGGGAGAAAGAGCCCACUGCAGAGAAAUUGAGACAAGCUAGACAGCAAGAGAUCAAUCAUUUCAGAAACAAGCACAAGAUCUACAUUCAGGGAACAGAUCUUCCAGAACCUAUUGCUACAUUUGAGCAGCUCGGGAAAGAAUACAAAAUCCACCCGAAGAUCAUGCAAAAUGUUGAAGCUGCUGGAUUCCACAUUCCCACGCCGAUUCAGAUGCAAGCCAUUCCUGUCAUGCUUCAUAGUCGUGAACUUCUGGCCUGUGCCCCCACUGGCUCGGGAAAGACUCUGGCGUUUAGCAUUCCUAUUUUGAUGCACCUCAAACAACCGAUGAAUAAAGGUUUCAGAGCUCUUAUAAUAUCGCCCACGCGGGAACUUGCCAGUCAGACACACAGAGAGCUGGUCAAGCUUUCAGAAGGCACCGGUUUCAGAAUACAUAUGAUCCACAAAGCUGCUGAGGCUGCGAAGAAGUUUGGGCCGAAGUCCUCUCAGAAGUUUGAUAUUCUGGUGACGACGCCAAACAGGCUCAUCUAUCUACUGAAACAAGACCCUCCGGCAGUGGAUUUGACCAGGGUUGAAUGGCUUGUGGUUGAUGAGUCGGACAAGUUAUUUGAAGAUGGGAAGACGGGGUUCCGAGAUCAGUUGGCCACCAUCUUCCUGGCGUGCUCCUCCCACCUUGUCAAGAGGGCCAUGUUCAGCGCAACGUUUGCGCAUGACGUGGAGCAGUGGUGUAAACUCAAUCUUGACAACAUCAUAUCCAUCUCUAUUGGGGCAAGAAAUGCUGCAGCCGAAACGGUGGACCAAGAGCUGCUGUUUGUUGGAUCAGAGACAGGAAAACUACUGGCCAUGAGAGACCUUGUAAAAAAGGGCUUCACGCCUCCUGUCCUGGUUUUCGUACAGUCCAUCGAACGGGCGAAAGAGCUGUUCCAUGAACUCAUUUACGAAGGCAUCAACGUGGACGUCAUUCACGCCGACAGGACCCAGCAGCAGAGAGAUAGCGUAGUCCAUAGCUUCAGAGCAGGGAAGAUCUGGGUCCUCCUCUGCACUGCUUUGCUGGCGAGAGGGAUCGACUUCAAAGGAGUGAACAUGGUUAUCAAUUUUGACUUCCCCACGAGUGCUGUGGAGUAUAUCCACCGGAUAGGUCGCACGGGGAGAGCAGGACACGCCGGAAAAGCUGUGACUUUCUUCACGGAGGAUGACAAGCCUUUACUGCGAAGCAUAGCCAGCGUUAUCCAGCGAGCUGGCUGCCCUGUGCCCGACUACAUCCAGCAUUUUCGCAAGCUGCAAAGCAAGCAAAAGAAGAAGCUGAUUAAGAAGCCCAUGGAAAGAGAACACAUUCUCACCGACCCGAAGUUCUUGCGGCGGAAAGCCAAGGAAAAAACGAUAAUUGCUCAGAAAAGGGUGAAGAAGAAUUCCAAGGACGCCAAAAAUGGUAAUUCUCAGGCACACAGACCGCGCCAGAAAAACAAUCCAGCUGCCUUGAAUGAUCAGUAACAAUAAGGGCUCUGCGAUAUUUAUAGGAAGGAUGAAUCUAGUAUGCCACAUGAGAUGUUGAUGGACCCCUAGUUCCAGAUGUGUUGGACUACAGUUCCCAUUAUCCCCCAGCCAUCAAGGCUGUAGAUCUGUAACAUAUGGGAGACUGAUUAUAAAAUCCACAGCCAAGUAUCUGGGGAGAGAAAUCCCUGCAAGCAUGUUCCAAACCCAUCCUGUAAGAAUUCACAUGGACUGCUGGUCCUUUUCGGCUGUCUUUUUGAUGUCUGAAAUCCUCCUAAUAAACUGCGCCCAAAUGGUUUCA